AUGGCUUUCAACUUCGGCGCUACCACACCAAACACCUCGGCCCCUGUCGGAUAUCCCAAAACAACGACGAAUGAACAGGUCAAAGAACUCGUGAUCUCUCUUGAAAGACUCUUUACAACCGAGGCUUACUCCGAUCUUACCAUCCUAUGUGGUGGGAGCCAGUACAAGGUGCACAAAGCGCUCGUCUGCCCUCGCUCCAGCUUUUUCGAGGCAGCGUGCCGCAGUAAUUUCAAGGAAGCUGAGACCGGCGAAAUUUCCCUUCCCGAUGACGAUCCGGUCGCGGUUGAGAUGAUGAUCCGAUACUUCUAUUUUCUCGAUUACACACCUCCAGAAACAAAGCCAGCAAGCCAUCCAACUCCCACAUACUUCAACAUCGAGGGCCAUGGCCAAGGGGCCAUUUUUGGGCGAGCCACCUACUCUUCCGCCACAAAGAAUUUCAUCGUCGACAAGAAUUUCAUCGGCGACAAGGAUAAACCCAAGGCUGAGACUACUGCAUUCUUCACGACUAACAUGGCCCCUUCCCAUCUUGUCCUGCAUGCUCAAGUCUAUGCCUUGGCGGAGAAAUACGACGUCUCUGGCUUGAAGGCACUUGCAGCGACAAAAUUCAAGUGCGAAGUGGACAUACAUUGGAAUUCCGAGGACUUCAUGCUGGCUUUGAAGGAGGUGUAUAACUCCACGGUUGAUCAUGAUCGCAUGCUUCGAGACAUCGUCGUUCAGGCGGUCAGCCUGCAUCUGCAGUUGUUGGAAAGCAAGCCUUUCCAAGACGCUAUCAAGGGACUUGACUUUUCUUAUGAUCUCCUCAUCAAACUGAAAAUGGGCGGACGAAUUUGA